UAAAUUUCAUAUCCAAUUAACUUGUAUGCAGUUUAAAGCACAAUUACUUUUAUAUUAAACAUUUUAAAAAUAAUGGAUUCUUCACCGCCGGUAUUAUUGAAUGCUUUACGGCCACUUAAAACAAAUAGACCAAGACCACGAAUGAGAUUAACAUCUAUACGCCAAACACCACAACGUGUUCUAGCUGCUAAACUUGACGUAAAUAUCAAUCAGAACUUAAAUCCUGUCAUAUUCCCUGAAACUCUAAAUCAACCGACACCACGAGUAGACUAUAAAUCAGAUGUUCCUUCUUCAAAAUUAACAAGAUUUGUAAAACGAUUUAGUACAACUUUUCUUCCCUCUGAACAUCCAGUAUCCGAUAUUACGAAUAAAUCAGAGAAGAAUAUUAAUCCUCAAUUUGAUUUUAACCAGUGGAAAAGACGGAGGUCUAUACUAAAUUAUCGAGACCGAUCACCAUUACAUAUCGACCAACAUGUACAACCAGCUGAUGGAAUGGUUGAUACGAAUACUGAUCAAGUUGAUAAAAGAAUUACAGUUUCCUCAGAUUUAUCUAACGUAAUUGAAUCAAAUCAAACAACCACUUGUACUAAACGUAAAAGCAGUCUUACAAGAUGGUUUGAAAAGAAUGUUAAACAUCCACGAAGAUCAUUACCUCAUAGAUCCCUAACAACUGAUUGUACAGCACCAGUUAUCACUAACAGGUCAUCAAUACCUGAAAAAACGCAACCAGAAUGUUUGUAUAAUCAAAUUACCCAGCAGACAAUUACACCUUAUGCUAAAGUUUUUAAAUCCCGUCGCAGUCUAUUAAGACAUAGAUGUAUUUCAAAUCAUCCUAUUAUAACAUCGAAAUCUCAGGAAAGUAAGACACCCGGGAACUUUCUAUCACAUGGCGUUGAUCAUACAAGUAACUGUAAUCAUCGUGAUUCUGGAGAUGAAACUAAUGAGAAAGUUAUUGUUUUGAAGAGUAACAAUGUAGAAGAUUUUAAAAUCAAUGAAACUAAAUCUGUUCAUAAAAACGCCUUUGGUUCUGAAAAAUGUGUGAGUGAAGCAGAUGAACCUUGGUUUAUCAUCCCACCUACUGGUAUCGAUGGUCCGUGUUCUCAAAAUCAAAACAGUACUUAUUCAAGUAUCAGUUCGAUUGUUUCGGAUUCCACGAGCAUGAGUCAAUCUGUUGGCAAGAGUACUGGAUCUCACAAGUCCCUGAUAAGUACAUUCUAUACUCCGACAAUGAAACGUCGGCAUAGACUACCUAUUCCUUCAGAAUUUCUUAAUUCUACUUCCUCAGGACCUGUGAUCUACAAAUCAACCACACGAUCCUCGAUGACGAAUAUGUAUUCAGAAUUGAAUAAAUCAAGUGAUCAAGAUUCAGGUCUUUCAUCACAGCUAAGUACUACAUUUCAAGGUGCAGAUGUGGAAACUCAAAGUGGAGAUUUAAGGGAACAUAGAAAUCUAGUAGGAUCAUCAUCGGCAAGUUGGGCAACUACUUUACGUCAGUCUAUGAAACGAGCGAAUAAUAAACGUACUUUAUUGGCGGGUUGCACUUUAUUCAAUAGGUGAGUAACUUUAUUAAAUAGUAUAUUUUGUCAGUAAUGUAGCCCGAUUUUUAUGCGACCGAGUUGCCAACCCGGUUUUUACCCUCCUGUUUCUUACGGACUCUAGGUUAUUAGCAGUCCAUGAGGAGCUCGAAACAGGGUCACAGUGUCAAUGGUUGUGUGAACAAAUCUUAGACGCCUUUAUCAGGUGAUACACAUGCAUCAUUUUAUGAGUUCUAAAGCACAGCAGAGAUCCCUACCUUCGUAUCUCUAUCGUUGCGUUACAGGAACCCAGUCGAAGGACUCAAUUACCUUAUUAGAAAUUAUAUUUUAUUAUCUGAUCCCAUUAAAAUUGCUCAAUUCUUAUUCCAUGAACCAAAUCUCAAUCGCCAAGCUAUUGGAGAGUACUUUGGUCUACUUGAUAACACAUUGGCAACGAAAGUUUUAAAGGAAUUCUUAUUGCUGAUCAAUAUGAAGAAUAUGGAGGUGGAUGUUGCCUUGCGUUCAGUUAUCGGACAUUUUCAUCCUUCAGGUGAAUCUCAAAAAAUUGCUUAUCUAAUGCGAAUAUUUCAUGAAGUAUAUAUUAUUCAAAAUUCAGAUCGUGUCCGAAAAAAUUUUCAUAGUCCCGAAACAGUGGAAGUCUUAGCUUAUUCAGUGCUUUUGUUACACACAGAUCUUCAUAAUCCUAAUGUUGGAAAAUUGGGCAAACGGAUGACUAAACAAGGCUUUAUUAACAAUAAUCGUGGAAUUGAUUCUGAUCAUGAUGUGCCUGCAGAUUUGCUGGAAGGUAUUUAUGAUCGUAUAGCUGCUUCCGAGUUUAAGACACUACCAGAUCCAUCAGAUAAACUUCGUGCUUUGGAUGGAGUUUUGGUUGGUCCUUUGAAAACAGACAACUUUGUACAACGACAUCGUCGUUUCAUUGGCAGGAUUCUGACCCAAGAAAUUGAAAAAAUUGCUCCCCGAAAAUUACCAGGUAGAAAUAAUGCUCGAUGGCGCCACGUGUUAAUAUUUAACGAUAUAUUGGUGGUUGUUAAAUCGUUGAAUACAACCCGUUUACGAUCUGGUUCCCUUAUAAAUUCUGUCGCAGCAGUUGCUUUUGGGGACCAAAAUGCUACUCGUCAUUAUACACCAAGGAAUUCCGUAUCUAGAGAUGACGGUAGUUGUAGUCCUUUCGGCCCGGUUCAAGAUGUAACACAAAAGGUGUUCUGUUCAACUGAACCAUUUCCUGGUGAUACAACUUUUCAAGUUCGAAAUGUUUAUCCAUUCCUUGAUCUUCGAGUGUUGGUCUUUGAAUCGAAUUAUUAUCGAUACGGAGUUCAACUGUGUAAUUCUAAUGGCCCUGUAAUUAGUUUAAGUAUGCCAUCUGAAGCUUGUCGUCGUCAAUUCAUCGAUUGGGUGUACGGAUCCAUUGCUGAAAUGGAGGAAUUACAGCAACAUCAACAAAUUAAGAAAAGUGAAUGUGAACGAACUAUCAUUGUUAAUUGUAAACGGAACUCAACGAAUACUACCGCUAAUGGUACUACUUCUAUUAAUAAUGGCGAUAGAUGUGUCAUGCCUUCCUCAAGAGUAACUGAAAAAGUUAUAUUAUUUAAUGCCUAAUUAUUAUUCUCAUUAUUACUAACCAGCAUUAUUGGUGAAACUGCAGAUAAACAGAAUAUCAUUGAUUUACAUUUUUCUUUUGUAUUUGAGUUCACAGAAUAUUUCAGUUGAAUUCCUUUUUUCACUUUGUAAUUUCUAUUUCAUUGUAUAAGAGCAAACAGCAGUUUAUACAUAAAGAUGAUUCUUUUCAUUGUUUCAAUGUGUAUUUUUGGCGUUGAUUGCUCAUUCAACCCCUCAGAUCAUUCAAAGUGAAUGUAUACUUGGAAUCUCUCCCCCUUUCUGUGAUACUUUAAUUAAUUGAACGUAUAAACAUAAACGUAUACCACAAAACAUAAAUUUAUAGAUAUCUACAUAAAAAUAGAUUAUUCCUUUUAAUUUUUAAUGCUUAAAUUUUGUUGAUUCAAUCAUUGUCCCAUAUCAGAGAUUAUAAAGUUAGAUAAAAUUUUCAAAGUUUAUGAGUAUUAUUAUUACUGUUGUUAUUACAUAACAGUUUUGUUCACUUGUUUAUUCACCUUUUAUUUACUAGAAUCUCCAGACAAAUUAGACUAGUUUAUUAUUCACUUGAAUAUGAUAAUUCAUAUAUGUAUCAUAUGACCCAGUUUAUAAUCGCAUUUGUUUAUAGAAUACUUCUACUUAUUUGUAUUGGUUUUUCUUGCUUUUUCAUCCUUUUCAGUUUAACCUCAUUUAUGUGAAUAUUGAAUAUUUGUACAUUUUUAUAAAUAUUUCUUUUUCCAUUACUGUAUAGAUUACCUUUCCCCUAUUCAUUGUUUGUACAAAAAAUAUGAGACUAUUUUCUGCUUUAAAAUAUGUUCGCUUA